UUUCAACUCGCAGAACAGUCUGUAAAACUCUAGAUUUCAUAUAAAAAGGAUGGAACACGAAAGAUGCUACAUAUACACCCCUCCAGAGACGAACGGGCGUGCACCUAAACGACGGCGCAUCAGCAAAGGAGAUCCUAAAAUCCAUCUUCCGGAGCGUCUUCAAACUUUCCGCCAUAUCUGGGCCGAACAGGAGGAGCGUAUUAGAAAUACGCUUGAGGAGGCGGACAGGGCAACGCAAGAUAAGAUUGUUGACUUCGUCUCAAGUGCUUCUCCCAGUGAGCGCCAGGUUAUACCCACUGGCUUGAUUGUUGCAGGGCCGAGCAUUGCUUCUCACGGGUCAUUCUUUGAUCGUCUUGGAAAAAGAAUCAAGAAAGACACGAAUAGCGCUUACACCGUUUUGACAUCAGCAGAUGCCCCGAAUCUGAAAACACUGUUGAAGAACCUCAUCAAGAAAACCACGUCUCGUGUCGAAGACGAUGAUGAUGACGAUGACAUGGGGUGUCCAACGUCGUCCGCCAGAAACGGAUCAAAACUUCUGGGCUUCGAUCUGGGUCAUAUCCAGGGAUGGCGAGUCAGAAACCCAGUCGAUGGUGUUGUUAUAGCUUUCCAGGAUAGUGAAGCAUUCGAUGCGAGAGUGCUCGUUGAGAUGAUAGAUCUAUUCUACUCCUGGUUAGACCGUAUUCCAUUUGUCCUUCUCUUCGGCAUUGCGACAUCUGCAGAGAGUUUCGAGGAUCGCCUGUCUCGAAAGACGUUACGCUAUCUUGAAGGCCAAAAGUUUGACGUCACGCAAUCCGAUGAGAUUAUCGAGAGGCUGUUUAGGGUGACAGUCGCAAGCGCGAAUGUGCCGCUACGGAUAGGACCAACCGUUGCGCGCCGGAUCCUGGACAGGCAGAAGGAUCAUGUGCAGAAUACGCAGGACUUCUCCGAUGGUCUCAAGUAUGCCUACAUGUCACAUUUCUACGCGAGCUACCCGACCAUCUUUCUGAAGAGCGAUCUAUCGAAGGGCGACCUCACAACCGAGGCUUUUGAGGCGGUCCGCAAUAUGCCUUCGUUUCGCAGAUGGAUUGAAGCAAAGGUGGACGCUGGUGAAUCUCGAAUUGUCCGAAAACUGCUCGAUUCGGAUGACACACUCUUCGAUUAUAUUGUGUCUCACCUGAAGUCUGGACAAACAGCACUGAACGGUCUCAGCUGCGCAGUUCGAGUGCUCGAUUCUCUGCGUAGGUCACUGCAAAUGUCUCCUACCGCUCGCCUCUCAUCCAUCUGGGUCCGGGCGGCUUCUGCCGACAUGAUCGGAUCGCCAUUUUUGCGCGAAACCAUGCUAUCUCUCAAGAAAAUGUCUCCAGAGAGGUUCCUGCAGCUGCUGGAGACCUGGAGCUCGGACGAUCUUGACUCCUCUUUCUUCACGCUGGAUCUAGGCCUGUACGUAUCUGAACUUGAAGCCCUGAUCGAGGCGAACGACGGCUCCAUUCAUUUCCGCAACCAACACGAUGUCGGUAACGAAAGCCUAAGGACCACGGUCGUGGCUCAAAAAGUGCUCCUCAGUAAGCACAAAGCCACGCUUUCCGAACACGACAAAGCCUACUCGGAGCUUGUCGGCCGGCUGCAUGAAGAACUGGGAGCCUAUUUCGCGAAUGCCUUCAUCGACCCCAAGGACUUGUUUCUCUCAGAGAUCUUGAUGUACGAUCUAAAAUCACCACACACAGAGGUGUUCCAACCCCGGCCCCGUUUCGCCAUUGAGCGCGCACUCUCCUCGCCACACGACUACCUGGGAUGCGAUUGUUGUGGAACAGAUCGAGGCGAAGGAGAAGGGGCUUCGCUAUCUGCUACCCUACCUGCAACCGCCAUUCUGUAUCAGCUCUACCUGGAGUCAGGAUCGCUGAUCAAUGUCAGUGACCUGUGGUCGGCAUUCCAUGCCAUGGUUGGGGAUGACGAAGAGGAUAGUGAGCCGAGAGCGAUGGCACUCUUCCAACGAGCUCUCGCAGAACUCAAGCAUCUCGGCUUCGUGAAGCCCAGCCGGAAGAAGACGGACCAUAUUGCCAAAACCAUGUGGAAGGGUUUGUAA